GGCAGUUGUUAUAUUCUGGAAACUAAAAAUGUAGCUACAUGUUGCCUUCAAUCGUCAUUUAUAAAUGACUUGGAAAAUGGUCUGAAGCUGAGGUGUCCGAGCUUUUUGUGCGUGUCCUCAAACCCAGCAUCAUCUCUCAGGGUGACGUCAGACUGUGACAGUCGGGGCUGGGCAGGGAAACGGGAGCCGCUGGAGAAACAUGUAACGGUGCAAGGUACGCCGCACCUUCCCUCCACAGCCCUAACAGAGACUCAAUUCACAAAAAAACAGACCAACUUCCUUCAGUCAUAUUGAGACACAGGGUGACCGGGGUGGUGGGGAAAGGCCGUGUCCCCCCAUCCUGAUCAAGUCCCCCAACCAUGGACAAACAGGGCCCCGUCACUGCCCCAGGCAAAUCAAGUGGGCUAAAGCCUCCCACGAAAAUAGCCCGUCCAUCCGCAGUACCAACUAAGACUUCCCCGUCAUCUGGUGCUUCAAAGCCAGUUCCUCCUGAAAAGUCCUCGUCAGGUGUGACCUCUCCAACACAAGAUGUCCACACAGACUUUAAGGUCGGCGACAGAGUCUGGGUGAACGGCAGCAAGCCCGGCUACGUUCAGUUUGUCGGCGGCACGCAGUUUGCUCCCGGACAGUGGGCGGGCAUCGUCCUGGACGAGUCCAUCGGAAAGAACGACGGGUCGGUAGCGGGCGUGCGCUACUUCCAGUGUGAGAAUGGGCGGGGCAUUUUCACACGAUCUUCCAAGCUGUCCAGGACGCCGCUGCCAGAGAAGGAGGCCAACGGAAGGCAGGCCAGCCCGGUACAAGCAGCCCACGCAGCAAGCAAGGCUACACCGGCUGUCGCUGCCCCUAGUGCUCCAGUCACCGGUGUAAAGGCCAGUGGUGUCCUGAACCGUACGGUUAAUUCCACCGAGUCUGUGUCCAACCUGUCUGACCCCGACUCCCUGAAGAAGGUCAGACAGGAGCUGAGGCUGGGAGACCGUGUUUGUAACUUCGGUUAUUACAACUUCUCCGCGCAGGUCGGUGGAACAAAAGCGGGAGUGGUGCGGUUUCUAGGAGAAACAGACUUCGCAAAGGGAGAGUGGUGUGGCGUGGAGCUGGACGAACCUCUGGGCAAGAAUGACGGAGCUGUAGCUGGGGCCAGGUAUUUUCAGUGCUUGCCCAGGUACGGCCUGUUUGCUCCCGUCCACAAGGUGACACGGAUCGGCUUCCCCUGCACCACGCCCACCAAGGUGAAGAACUCCCUCAGGAGUUCCACUUUCAAGAGGAGUCCGAGCGCGUCCUCCCUCAGCUCCCUCAGCUCGGCCACCUCCUCCAUCAGCGGCAAGCCCAGCCGGGCGGGACUGGUAACAUUCACGCGGAUAUA